CGCGGACCCGGCGAUGUCAUGGCUGCCUGACAACCACACGGUAGAGCCGGAUAGAGUGUGUCCUGACCAAAGCAGCGAAACCGCAAGCUCAUAGACCUAGCUGUAGUAUGGCAGGAGAACAGAAGCCAUCCAGUAGUGUCCUGGAGCAAUUCAUCUUACUGGCCAAAGGCACGAAAGGUUCCGCUCUCCCAGCCCUUGUCAACCAAGUAUUAGAAGCUCCAGGAGUUUACGUGUUUGGAGAACUACUAGAUUUACCCACAGUACAAGAGCUUGCAGAUGGCCCAAAUUCUGGCUACCUACAACUCUUGAAUUUGUUUGCUUAUGGAACGUAUCCAGAUUAUGUUGCAUUAAAGGACAGUUUGCCAGAACUUUCGGCUGUACAGAAAAACAAGCUGAAACACCUGACAAUUGUAAGCCUUGCAUCUAGGAUGAAGUGCAUUCCAUAUUCUGUGCUGCUGAAAGAUUUAGACAUGAGGAACCUCCGAGAGUUGGAGGAUCUAAUCAUAGAAGCAGUUUACACAGACAUCAUUCAGGGCAAACUUGAUCAACGCAAUCAUGUGCUAGAAGUUGAUUUCUGCAUUGGACGGGACAUUCCCAAGAAGGACAUAAGUAGCAUUGUGAAAACUCUUCAGGAAUGGUGUGAUGGCUGUGAAGCAGUUCUAAUGGGGAUUGAACAGCAAGUGCUAAGGGCAAACCAAUACAAGGAGAACCACAACCGUACACAGCAGCAAAUAGAAACAGAAGUGACAAAUAUAAAAAAAACGCUGAAAGCCACAGCUUCCUCAACUGCUCAGGACACUGACCAGCACCUUGCAGAGAGGGAAGGGCCCCCUCUUACUGAGCAGCGACAGCCCACUAAGAAGAUGUCAAAGGUGAAAGGUCUGGUCUCCAGUCGCCACUAAUGAAGCUGAAAACAUGGAGGAGGCCCCAGGUCACAUACAACUGUUCCUGGACUGUUUACAGACUUAACCACACACCACCAUUGUACCAGCCUCUUUCCAUCCAGAACCCUUGGAGACCCUGCCCGCUAGGAGGGACUGUAAACCCAUUAGCGCUAACAGGGCUGAGACCCAGCUUGGUUUGCAAAUUGAUGUCCAUGCCGAUCAGGACACUUUGCCUAUACGUUUGUGGAUCCAUCUCCCUAAUGGAGAGGUCUGCUGUGGAAUUGACUGCAGUACACAGCAGCCUUCUCUUGUCAGAGAGAGGAUUCUAGAAAUGGCUGCUUAUUGCUGUGUGGUUAUAAAAUCCCAGGUGACUUUUGUUCUGUCAUCUCUCUCUCUCUCUCUGGAGAUUUAAAAUGUGCAGUAGGGACAGAUCUGUACAGUAAGUUUUCCUAUUUUCUUAACUGCACCCUAUUAUAGCGUUAUUUUUCCAGGAGAUUGUAUUUUCUUUCUUCUUGUAUGAGACAUUUUGCCUGGUGUCAUGUAUUUGAGGGCUGUUUUUGAAUGGCAGAAGAAUAAGUUAUGAUGGUCAUCUGUCUGAGCUGGAAAAGAGAGUCCGCUUCAUAUGCAAAGUGCAUUUCCCCUUUAGCCAAUUCUAUCUGUAUGGCUUUCGAAAGUGAGAUUCAGGAGGUUUAAAAAUGUAGCACUUAUAUAUGUGGCGCUUUCUUCAGACUGGUCACAGAAACCGCCAGAGAAUGUAGGAAAUGAUAUACAGAGACUCAACCCUCCUUGCCUCUUAAUAAAUACACCUCCCUUUUCUUUUUUUGGAAUCCCAUUCCUGUGUUUCGCUUUGAGGAACCACAUCUCUGCAGUGCCCCGUGCCUGCCUUUCAGUUCGGGUGUUGCUGAUGAUACACUGUUUCCUUGCUGUGCUUUUAAAUCUCCUAAUAAUUAUUAAAUAAUUACAAAUCUGCUUGA